AUGAAGUGGGUUUCCGUCACAUCGUUGGCUUUUCUUGCCAGCGCCAUUGGUGGCGUUACGGCUGCCCCUGUAGCAGUCACAAACCAGGCUGUUGCCAGAUCAGAUGGCAUCAACGUGCGCUCACAAGAACAGACUGAUAACUUGGGCGGUGGUAAUAGCAAUAGAGCUUUUGUUAGCAGAUCCGGAGAGCACACUGAUAACUUGGGCGGCUCUAACAGCUGGUAA